CAAAUAUGCAUAAUCACGAACAAUUUUCCGUCGCCCGCGGUCAAACCGUCUCUCCUACACAUUCAUCUGUACGGCAAGCAAUCCGUACACACCACGGCAUUCUGUACGGCCGCUAAUCUCAUUCCAUUCCGUGCAUCCGAUCCUUCCCGCCAUUGAAGCGCGCGAAGCCGCCGCGCAAUCCUUCACCCCACACUCCUACCUAGCCGAUCACACGCACUCCGAUCGAGGCACCCCAACAUGGCCGCGCCGCCCGCAAAUCAACGCAAAUGCAAGAAAGAUCGCCAUUAAAUACGAGCAAUCUCGCAGCCGAUCCCGUCUCUGGAUCUCCCUCUCUCUCGAUCAGCUUGAGAUCGAGCAGAGGAGAUGAGCGUCAUCACGGUGGUUGUGGUGGUCGGCGUCGUCCUCGCGCUCGCGGCGGCGGCGUCAGUAAUGGCGGCGGAGUACAGCGUGGUGGACUACGGCGCGCGGGCGGGCGGGAGGGCGGACGCGGCGGGGGCGUUCCUGGCCGCGUGGGCGGCGGCGUGCGGCGACGACGGCGAGCGGCCGGUGAUGCGCGUCCCCGCGGGGACGUUCCUGGUCGGGCGGGCGUACUUCCGCGGGCCCUGCCGCAGCGCCGGCGGCGUGGUGCUCGCCAUCGACGGCACCGUCGUCGCGCCGCCGGCCGUCGGCAACGCGUCGUGGAUCACGUUCCACUACGCCCACGGCCUCGCCAUCCGCGGCGGCACGCUCGAUGGCAACGGCCACGCCUUCUGGGCGUGCAAGGCCGCCGCCGGCCGCCGCUGCCCACCAGGCACCACAACGCUGGACAUCAGCCAGUCGAACAACGUGUCGGUGAAGCGGGUGACGCUGGUGGACAGCAAGAACGUGCACGUCUCCAUCUUCGACUGCGCCGGCGUGACGCUCCAGGGCGUGCGGAUCGCGGCGCCGGCGGACAGCCCCAACACCGACGGCAUCCACGUCGCGCUGUCCCGCGACGUCGCCGUCCUCAGCGCGACGGUGCGCACCGGCGACGACUGCGUCUCCGUGGGGCCCGGCACCUCCGGCGUGGCCAUCCGCAACAUCCGGUGCGGCCCCGGGCACGGGAUCAGCAUCGGCAGCCUCGGCGGGCGCGCCGGCGAGGGUGAGGUCCGGAACGUGACGGUGGAGUCCGCGUCGCUCGCCGGCACGCAGAACGGCCUCCGGAUCAAGACGUGGGGGAAGCCCUUCGCCGGCCGCGUCUCCGGCGUACGGUUCGCCAACGUCGCCAUGCGCGACGUCCAGAACCCCAUCGUCGUCGACCAGAACUACUGCCCCGGCAACGUCAACUGCCCCGGCCAGAGCUCGGGGGUGAAGAUCAGCGACGUGGAGUACGAGGGAAUCACGGGGACGUCGGCGACGGCGGUGGCGGUGAGGUUCGACUGCAGCGGGAGCAACCCAUGCACGGGGAUCAGGCUCAGGAACAUCAACCUGACGUACGACGGCGGCGGCGGCAAGCCGGCGAGGUCCUUCUGCAAGAACGCCGGCGGGUCGGCGUCCGGCGUGGUCAUCCCACCGAGCUGCCUCUGACCGGCGACCGCACGGCACGGCACGACGCCGCCGACGUACGGCAGCAAGCGUACAAUGGUUGCAUCUACAUGUGAAAAUCUUGGUGAUUUGCGACGGAAAAAGCAAGCCAUAUUGGUUGGUGUAUCCGGAAGCUACGACGGCCGGCCCUAGUAACGGACUAACGGGCGGAUUAAGCCACUCUCUUGGAUUUUUGCAAAGAAAGCUAAAGUAUGCUCAAAAUAUUCCAAAUUAUUAAUAUAAAAACAGAGUAUUACGUAGCCACGUAGGCUUUCUAGUUCUUGAAAUUUCUUUUUUUGCCAAAUGUGAAGGAUUACCCAACGGGGAAACCAGUUGCAUGUUAUCAAAACAAAUAUUCCGGUAUCAAA